AACAUUAUGCAUUAAUAUUGAUGAAAUAAAAAAAAUGAAAUUGAAUUUCAAGCCAUUUAUAGACUAAUGAUAAUUUAAUUCAAAUUAUGCCUAGAGACUAUUAAUUUAUAGUUCCGCACAGUAGGACAAAGUUCAAACAUGGCGGCGGAAAUUUCGUCUGCUGUUGACGCCCUCUGCAAUUUUUUAAGUCUUACAUGUGUUGUAACAUGUCUUAUGUUGAAAGUACCGCAGAUGCUGGCAAUUCUCAGAUCAAAGAGUACGCAAAGUCUUAGUUUGACGAGUGUGUUAGUGGAAGAAUGUGCAUAUUCUGUGAUUCUUUCCUACAACUUUGCCAAAGGUUACCCACUGCCAGCAUAUUUUGAAUAUACCUUUCUAGUGUUUCAAGAUUUGAUAUUGAUCACUCUGAUGCUGCAUUAUAACCGUAAGCUGAGUAUCCAAACCGUGUUCUUCUUCAUCGUAUAUUUUAUAUUUUAUUGGUGUCUUGCCUUUGGAGUUUUUCCAGAGAUUAUACUGAACACAGCCAUGAGUGGGGUAACUGGUCUGACAAUGUUCAGUAAAGGGACACAAAUCAAAACACUAUACCAGAACAAGGAGCCAGGUCAGAUCAGUCAAACCAGCUGGACUAUCGCCGCCUAUGGGGCAUUAGUGAGGAUGCUGACCAGCAGUCUGCAGACCAGAGAUGUUGUUGUGUUCAUCAACAAUACUGUCAGUGCCUCCAUGAAUAUUACAAUGGUUUGCAUGUUGAUAUACUACAAACAGAAACCGAAGGCCAAACGGAACUAAGGUUACGAGUUAGUUGAUAGUUAAGGACAGUACAGUAUUUGUUUUAUCAUGCUGUCACACCAUUUAUGCAAUUUUUAAUGUGUUUAUAAAACAAUACUUUAUUUAAGGCUAAACAAUACUUUAUUUAAGGCUAAACAAUACUUUAUUUAAGGCUAAGCAAUACUUUAUUUAAGGCUAAGCAAUACUUUAUUUAAGGCUAAACAAUACUUUAUUUAAGGCUAAACAAUACUUUAUUUAAGGCUAAGCAAUACUUUAUUUAAGGCUAAACAAUACUUUAUUUAAGACUAAGCAAUACUUUAUUUAAGGCUAAGCAAUACUUUAUUUAAGGCUAAACAAUACUUUAUUUAAGGCUAAACAAUACUUUAUUUAAGGCUAAGCAAUACUUUAUUUAAGGCUAAACAAUACUUUAUUUAAGGCUAAACAAUACUUUAUUUAAGGCUAAACAAUACUUUAUUUAAGGCUAAGCAAUACUUUAUUUAAGACUAAGCAAUACUUUAUUUAAGGCUAAGCAAUACUUUAUUUAAGGCUAAACAAUACUUUAUUUAAGGCUAAGCAAUACUUUAUUUAAGGCUAAACAAUACUUUAUUUAAGGCUAAACAAUACUUUAUUUAAGGCUAAACAAUACUUUAUUUAAUGCUGAAUUGAACUAUAAGAUUGCUAGCACUUAAGGGACUUUAAUUGGCACAAACACCAAACUGACAUUCCAUAUAUAGAAGAAUAUUCUCCAAAGUGAAGACAACCUUGUAAAUUAAAAGGGUUACUUAUCAUAAAGAAGGUAAAAAUUCAUAGAUGGAGUGUUAAAAUGUACAUGUAUAUAUACAGGUACAAAUGUACAGUGUUAAAAAAUAAAAUGUCCUAAGAUGUGCACUAGUCAACAUGUCACCACUGGGGUCAAAUAUCACUAAAACUGGAAAAAUUACAAUUACAAAUUGCAGAAGAUUUUUCGCAGAACUUUUCUGGGAUGCAACAAAUAUAUCAUAUUGGCCACAGGGGCUUGGCGUGAUUUUUCAAACGAUAGUCCAUAUAUAUAUGUAUUAUGGUGUCA